AUGCACUUUGUUUUCAUUGGGUUUCAGGCUGCAGAAGCACUGUUGAAAGCCAUUGGAACUCGUUGGAAGCUACCAUGGACUGCAGAGACCAUUGUGAAGAGGAUGUUGCCGUUGGUGUUCCUGGGAGUGGUUUUGGGUCUGAUAUUCGCAAGGUCAAGGAACUUGUUACCUUCGAUGCUGUUGCAUAGCUUGUGGAAUGGCUUUGUGCUCAUGGGGUUGAUGCGAUGA